AUGGCCUUUCGGCUGACCUACCGGCGGCAAUGCCGCUACAACACAAAGUCCAACAAGCAGCGGGUCGUGAAGACCCCUGGCGGCCGUGCUGUUUACCAGGCCAUCAAGAAGAAGGCAAAGGGUCCCCACUGCGGAGACUGCGGCAAGGCGCUAAUCGGACUGCCGCGGUUGCGCCCCAUUGAGUACAUGCGCCUCAAGAAGAGAGAGAAGCGCGUGAACCGCGCUUACGGCGGCUCGCGUUGCGCGCACUGCGUCCGAGAGAGGAUUGUUCGGGCCUUCCUGAUUGAGGAGCAGAAGUGCGUGAAGCAGGUGCUGGCAGAGAAGCUCUCGCAAGCAAAGGAGAAAGAGGGCGGCCACUGGCCGUCUAAAUGGAUUGCGGAGCUCUUCAAGGGCAUAGCCAGCCUGAACCCGGAAGAUGUCCGUGACGAGAAGGUGAAGGUGCUGAAGCAGUUUCGGGCCGUCCGCCGUGAGGACUGCGUUGUGGGCCAGUACCACGGAUAUCAGGACGACCCGGACAUCCAGAAGAUCAACGAGAAGAAAGGGUUUCUCUUGCUUGAGUACCGCCAGCGGGUGAUCUUCAUGGACAUGCGCUUGUCCAUAGUGCUCCUCAGCGGAAGGAAAGCGACGAUAGCAGUGGACCCUGGCAUCACUCUGGAUGAACUCAGGCACCAGGCACAGGCGGCUCUGGACUUUGGCCUGGCAUGUUUGUUGGGUCCCACUGGAGCUGUGCUCGGCGGCGCUGAGACAGUGCAGCAGUCGAUCCAGUCUUCCGACGGGGCGUUUGCCGCCAUUCUUGCAGGUGGCUCGGUCGUGACAUGGGGUGACGCGCUUUUUGGUGGUGACAGCAGGGAAGUGCGACAGCAGCUGAGAAACGUGCAGUCGAUCCAGUCUUCCUAUGGGGCGUUUGCCGCCAUUCUUGCAGAUGGCUCGGUUGUGACAUGGGGUGAUGCCGAUUAUGGUGGUGACAGCAGGGCAGUGCAAGAGCAGCUGAGCAACGUCCACUCGAUCCAGUCUUCUGAAAGGGCGUUUGCAUUUGCUGCAAUUCUUGCCGAUGGCUCCGUCGUAACCUGGGGUGCUGCCCAUGCUGGUGGCGACAGUAGCGCCGUCCAAGAACAGCUCUCCCAGGACGGACAGGCUGCGCAGAGCGGGCGUCGCAACCAGCGGCGCAGGUCGCGAAGCAGCAGGCGCUCGUCGAGCCCUGGACAAGGCUGGCGGCAAGAAGAUUUCUACUAA